AUGUCUCAAAAGUCGGGAAGAUCUUCUCCAUCUCCAAAAGAGGAUGACACUCAACUGCAGGUCCCUCCUACUCGAUCAUCCAGAUCUUCCACAUCUUCGCAGCCUGAUGUGGGACCUCAAACUCGCUCGGCUGGUCUUCCCACCAACCUCAAAUUAAAAGUCGCUACUCAAAUGAGUAGACUGCAACUCAUGAAGGACAUCUUCUCCAAGCUGUCCAACGUCUCAACAUGGACUGUGCAGGACCUGUCACACACUCAAGAGCAACUAGCUCUAGAAUGGACUGAGUCCAACCAGAGACAGUCACCUCAAGAAUCCUCUCGCUCUCGCACAACAGUGCACACCAUCUCUCAAAAGGUUACAGCUCAAAAUAAACCUUCUCCUUCACUCAUCUCAAGCAAACCGGCCUCCUCGAACACUCCAAUCUCAAAAGUCUCUUCUAUGCCCAACUACACCUGUGAUGAUUGUGGACACGACCACUUUAUUGCAGAUUGCCCUCGCUUCUCCAAACGCUCACCUCAAGAAAAAGCUGAUGUAGUAUUACAUCGCAUCCUCUGCUCUAACUGCCUCGGUAGACAUCAUCGCCACUCUUGCAGAACGACAAAGAUCUGCAAAAUCUGUGGAAGUCGUCAUCACACUCUUCUACAUGAUGCUCCUCUCAGCAGUAAACCACACUGCAAAGUUCCACCGGUACCCCCUCGAGUGCUUCCACAAUACGCUCUCACAUCUCAAAAAUCUGCUCAAAGGGAGCUACCUCAACCACGACUCAACACUCUCCUCGCCACUGCCAUCGCCCAUCUCAUCACCUCAACAGGAUCACACACGGUUCGACUACUCAUCGACAGUGGAUCCGAGCUGACCUUCAUCUCUCAAGAUCUAGCCAGAAAACUCAACAUCUCUAGAAGGAAGUCGCAUGUUGUAAUUGUGGGAAUUCAUGGAAAGACUUCUAAGACACAAGGAUCUCUCGCCCUCACUCUCAAGUCGACGUAUGACCAUCAAAAUAUAAAUAUUGAUGCUCACAUUCUCUCAUCAUCUUUCUCUAAUUUGCCUUCCUUCUAUACAUGUUUUCAGCAAUCUAUACAUCUCCAGCAUCUCAAGUUAGCUGAUCCAGAAUACCACAUCUCAAGAGCCAUCGACAUCAUUUUGGGUGCUGAUGUAUAUGGCUCAGUUGUUCUUCCUCAGAUGAAAAAAGGCCCUCCAUCAUCUCCAAUCGCGCAACUCUCAAUCUUCGGCUGGCUAAUCCUAGGACCUGUGUGUCAAGAACAGGAACGCCUUCCAAUCCAAUCUCCAAUGUUUCAUACUGUUCAAGAUGAAGACCUUCAUCAUCUCCUCACUAAGUUUUGGGAACAGGAAGAAAUUCAACCAACGUCUACGUCACAUCUCACCUCUGACGAGCAAGAAUGUGAAAACCACUUUGUCUCCACUCACUCUAGGCUCUCCUCAGGGAAAUACAUGGUAAGAUUACCAUUGAAAUCAUCUAUUGACGUCUUAGGUUCUUCCAGACAACGAGCCUUCCGAUGUCUGCAAGCCUUGAUUCGGAAAUUCGACAAGGAUCCUGACUACUCUCUGCUCUACCACCAAUUUCUCGAUGAAUAUGAACUCCUCCAGCACAUGCAACCAGUCUCGUCAGAAAAGGUCAGCUCAAGAUAUUUUCUUCCUCAUCAUGGUGUUCUCAAAACAGACAGCUCUACAACGAAACUGCUAGUAGUCUUCAACGGCUCCAGCCCCACCUCAACUGGUAUUUCUCUCAACGAUAUUAUGCACACCGGAGCGAAACUGCAACUCGACGUGAUAGAUGUUCUUAUGUGGGUGCGUAAAUUCAAAUUUGUCUUCUCUACAGAUAUCACAAAGAUGUACAGACAGAUUCUUGUUCAUCCUGAUGAUUGGGAUCUUCAAAGCAUCCUUUGGCUCGACUCAAACAACAACGUGAAGACAUACCAUCUCACAACAGUCACAUACGGAACUAGAUCAGCUCCAUUUUUGGCAAUCAGAGUUCUUCUCCAACUUCUCAAAGAUGAGGGUCACAACUUUCCACUAGCCAUUCCUCCAUUAACGAAAGGUCGUUAUGUCGAUGAUAUUUGUGAUGAAACACACCAAACAACUCUACAUGCAAGGCACUGUGGCACCGCUCUCAACAACUCAUGGCACAACUACCCACAUCUCAAGUGCAGCCAUCUCACCCAUUCCUCCACACUCUGA